UUCGAUAUCUGGCAUGCGCUAUCAGAAGGCACCGAAUGGCCGCGGCAGGAGAUACUCCACAACGUGGAUCCAGUGAGCAGAGCCAUGGCGCUGAGAGUGGGCCGCUACAAGCUCUUGGUUCAGGCACCGAAAAACGACAGCAGAUUGAAGAACAACCGCCACCCUGUGAAAGGCAUGGAUCGUCCACUGGACGACUUGACGCGGUUGCGCGCAGCUUCAAG